AGGUCGGAUCCUCGUAGCUGUCCUCCCCCUCAAAACAGAAGGGACACCGAGUGUCAUCUGCCGCCAAUUGACACAUGCUACGUCGGUCCGUUGCGGCGCUGCAGCAGGCGGCCGAGCUGCGGUCACGCGUCCCCGUCAUUGGACUGCAGGUUCUUUUCCCCGACCCCGCCCCUGCGGGUCUCGCGGUGCCCGCCAUCACAGAACAGCUGCAUCGCUUCGACCCGUCCUUGCAAACGGCAACGCUGCGCACCGCCCCGGACGCCGACAACGCCGGCCUCAGCGGCAUCGUCGCGUGGUCCGCUGCCGGCUCCCCGGACUCCCACGCCCCUCUUGUGGAGCACCGGGUGGAUUUCGUUGUGCGAAACCGGUGCCCCCUGCCCCCGAGUGUGGCGGAGCAGUGCAUCACCUACUCCCUCUAGCCGGAGGCGGUGAAGGUGCGCAUGCAAGCGGCGCAGAGUGCGGCCUAUCUCUCCUACCACGGCACCGACGCCGCUUUGCCGCUAGAGAAGUACGUGGCAGUGUCUGCGGUGGCCGCAGCGCUGUGCGAGGCAGGCGGCGGCUGUGGGGUGUUGAACGUGCACGCCUGCACCGCCGCCUCCGCCUCGCUCUUCUCGCGCUCGUUCAUCGAAGAAAACUGCGAUUGUGCGGGGCGCCCGUUGGAUUUCUUCCGCGCCCUUCCCGUCACCACGCUCUACGCCGGCUUUCAGCCGUACCAGACGGAGGGGGCAAAGGGUGAGCUGCGGUACGGCUUCCGCACGCACGGCGCGGAGCUGCUGGGGUUGCCGAACCUCGCCACCUUCGCAACAGACGUGGCGUCUUCGGAGGUGGUGUUCUACGCGUUUCACGCCAUGUGGGAGCUGAUGCAGCGCCGCGGCCGCCCUCUCGUUGCGGGGGAGCCGGUGCAGCUCACGUCAGACCCGUCGACCGGCGUGACGGUGCGCGACCCGCUGCUGACGGAGGCGUACUUGCAGCACCCGCCGCAGGGGGUGUUGGUGCUGGAGCCUGCGAAGGGGUGGGAGGCGUUUCAGGCGCUCACACGCGGGGCGUCCUCCUAG